AUGAGAAUCUAUCUACAAGGUGGCAAAGAAUUUUUCUGCAGUAAAUUUACAUCUAAAGUAUGGUUUAAGAGGAUCCUUCAAUACCUAGCUUCACCAAUCAAGAACAUCUAUGAUAUGAAAAUAACACAUAGACAAGCCAAGGAACUUGUAAAUCUCUCAUGCUCGAUUGUCAUAGGAAGGCACGACCAAUAUGCUGUUUGGGCGAUCUUACAAUCCACRAUAUUUAGAGCAAUAGAAUCUGGGAUUUCUGAGGUAAUUGAGGAGUGUAUAUUAGCAUACCCAAGCAUUAUUUGGGCUUCCGAUGGGUUCUAUUUGUUCCAUUCAGCCAUCAGUCAACGCCAAGAAAAAAUAUACAAUCUUGUCUACCAAAUGAGUAGCUACAAGACGUUUAUAGCAAGUCACGUUAAUCAUGAUACAAAAGAGAACGCGUUACAUAUUGCUGCAAAGUUGUCCCCACCUCAUCGACUAAAUAUUAUAAACGGAGCAGCUUUACAAAUGCAACGUGAGCUUCAAUGGUUCAAGGAAAUCGAAACUAAUUUAGUACAACCCGCAUGUAAAAACGCUUACAACAAAGCGGGGAAAACUCCUAGAAUGGUUUUCACUGAUGCGCAUAAAGACUUGCUUAAAGAAGGCCAAGAAUGGAUGAAAGAAACGGCAUCCUCAAGUACCGUGGUAGCAACACUCAUGGUCACAAUGGCAUUUGUAGUUGCCUUUGCGGUCCCUGGUGGAAACAAAAACGAAGGAUCUCCGGUGUAUUUGGAUAGAGGAGCCUUUACGCUUUUUGUCAUAUCAGAUGCUAUUGCAUUAUUUUCUUCAGCUACUUCGGUGUUAAUGUUCUUAGGGAUACUGACUUCACGCUAUGCGGCAGAUGACUUCCUUUACACGUUGCCAAAGCGAAUGACGAUCGGACUUGUGUUCUUGUUCUUGUCGUUAGCAGCUACCUUGGUAGCAUUCAGCGCAACUCUUUCACUGGUGCUUCAAGAUAAAGUGACAUGGAUUGCAGCUCCUCUUCUUGUAAUAACAAGUAUUCCUGUGGGUUUGUUUGGAGUGCUACAGUUUCCUUUGCUCAUUAAGCUGGUCUACUCCACAUAUGGACCAAGCAUUUUUCACAAGCAGAACAAGAGAAUGAUUCAUUAA